AUGUUAGUGCGCGUUCGCGCGGUUGCGCCACCGCGCGGGCAGGGCGGAGCGGGGUUGGUGUGGGGGGCGAGGGCGAGCGGGGGGGGGGGGGGGGGCGGCCCACUGACCCAGUUGCGCGCGGUGCCGCAGCAGGGCAGGGUUGCCGCUCCCGCUGCUUGUUUACGUUCGCACAGCACUCACCAACGCACCGUGUCGGACACUCCGACGAACAAGAAAACUCUAGUGGCGGCGGACGCGACCCUUGCGCCCGCUGCGUGCGCCUCUACGUGUCCCGAAGCGCUAAGCGGCGAAUUGAGCGCGGCCGGGGCGGUGCGGGCUCUAAACUGUGGCGGGGCCGAACACGCGCCCAAAAUCACACGACAAAUGCACAGAUGCAGUGAAGUGCUGCCGCCAACGAUAUCGGCGUACCAUCCGGUCGCGGAGGAAGCCCGCUCGAAAUGCACCGUCGGGCAGACGUCGCGGCCCCCUGCGAAAGCAACAGUGGCUGCCUCGUCGCAUGCGCAACUUUACUUUCUUCGCGUGCGCCGCACGACCGCGACGUCACACUUUCCCCGCGGCCCGGUGACGUGGGCCGAUGUAAUAACGCGCAAUACGAUUACGCUAUCGACGAGCGCCCGCGCAGAGUACAACGCGCGGCAAACGCUUUAUGCGGGCUAUCGUAUUAAUUAUUCAUUCGCGACAGAAACGAACACUUACAGUUUCCCUUACGGCGUCGGAAGG